AUGAAUUCGUUUAAAGAAGUACAAUUUAUCGGGCUGUUCGUUUGGUUCCUGACAAAGAUUCACACAAAUUCUACGCAAGAAUGCUUCGACGAUGGCAAUGAAUUUUGUAUCGACGAAAACGACAUACUUUCCGUAGAUCUUUUGCCUGGAAAAAGGAUGAACGAGUAUUUAUGUCACGGUUACAUGGCUGAGGAAAUAGUGAAGGUAAUGAGAACGCCCAGGGCUAAAAGACGUCUCGAUGUGACAGAAAAAGAUGAUUUGUACAGUUUAAUGGAUAGCGACAACGUUACCGUUCACGAUAAAUUACUAGCAGACGAAGGAAGUUCAAAGUACAAAAACUGGUUGCAGCGAAGGACAACUUUGGACGAUGUUUAUCGGCAUUAUAUUCCGCAAAGGAAAAUAAAGAAAAAGCACGGAGCUCACGACGAAAAUUUCGAAGAGUUUGAUGGAGAAGUCACGGGUUAUGCGAUGCAAGCUUCUUUACCUUCCGGUAAAGUUGGUUUCUACGGGGAACAGAACGAGGAAAAUGAUCAUAUGCUUUCAUCUUCGUCCGGCCACAAUAUUUUUUAUGGUCCUGCUUACGAUCCCGGUUAUGGCCACGGCGGAGAUCAUUUCUUGCAUCACACUGAAACUUUUCCCGCUGUACACGAGGAACACUAUUAUUCCGCUCCGAUUUAUCACGAUCACGAAGAGGAAUAUCAUAAGCCUUAUUACAAAGGGAAAGGAAAUGAACUUUCGAUAAAGGACUUUUUCGAAAUUGCUCUUACAGCUCUAGCGUUUUUAGCAUUUGGAUUAUUCAUAAUACAGUUAUUGAUGAACGCUACGACUAACAUGAACACUACCGUGACUACGAUGACGACUGCGAAACGUCUUAAAAGAAAUGUCGGCGGAUUAACUUUAUCGUACGACAGCUACGAGGAAUUGAACGAAGUAUCCUACAAUGUUUUGAGAAGCAUCGAAGCUGCUCUUGUCGCCGAUAUGGAUUUUGGAAAUUGUAUCCGUAGAAUUCUUUGUGAAAAUAAUCGACACUCCACACAAACUAAAGAUGCGCGUAAAAUUUGGAUGCCUGUUUGGAGUUUAGGAAUGAGUUGGGUGUCCGGCAGGAUGUUGAAAAGAUCUCCAUGGUCGGCAAUGUUGGAUUCUGUAAAAGCUUCUAUUCUUGGAUUAGGUGGAUUCGAUUGUGCGCUCUCGUAUCCUGACUGCGAUCUCAAGAAGGAAAGGAUCAAAAGACGCAGAAGACGCAGAAAGUAAUUUCUCUGCUGUUUAUUAUCUUCCAUAUCAUCAUAUUUUAUUUAUCGCGUUGUUUCUUUGAAUCAUCAUGUUGAGAUCAAUUAUGAAAAUAAAUAUAUAUCUUCAAAAAUGACAUUCGUAAGACUCAUUGUCAAUAUUAUACUUGUUUGCACGUGUGUCUAAUAUGUGAGUUUUUUUUUUUAUGACAACUGGCAUGAUAUUACAAUUUUAAGCGAUAAUAUCAUUGUUAGUGUUACUGUCCUCUUCGAUUUGACUUGAUAAGAAAUCUCGUGGAAUUGGCAAAAGCGAAGCGUACGUUGAUCCUGAUGGAGAAACGUGAAAAACACUUUUCUUUUGUCUUCCUUUCAGUGGACGUAUAUUCGAUAACAUGGGCAUUCCUUUUUCAUCAUUUAAAUUGCGAAAUUCUGCAAUCUUAGCAAAUGUAACUAGUGUA